UAGAGGUUGGACUUUGGGAAAACCCGGAAAUGUGUUGGAUGUGUGGUUGCAAAACCAGCCGUUUUUUUAACAUUUGAAAACAGCGAAAACAGAGAAUAAACAGGCGAAGUGUGGACUAUCCAAUCACAUGGCGAUUAGGGAAAAUGAGGAUUAUCCAGGGACAAAUUCCCUAAAUCUCCACCCCAGCCAAAUUCAACGACAACCUGGUCCAGCUGCUGGGAACAACCUUCCUUUAACUCCAGAUCUCCUCUAGUUGAACUUCUGGUGGCUUGGACACUUCAGUUGGUCUGAACAACCCACCUGUAACCUUCCUGUGGAGACGGGGGUCAAGACUGAGGGAGAGCCAUCAGAAGUAUCACUGGAAAAAGCUGAGGAGCAGAUGCAGGAACAGAAAUGAGGAGUCAAGAUGGAGCAAAGAGACAAGAGGGGAGACAAACACACACCCCAGGAUAUGAAUCCAGAAACCUCUCAGGAUGCUGCAUAUAAAAUUCAACAGGAAACUGAAUUAAAGUACGAAUGCUUGGAAUGCGAAAAGAGAUUUCAGUACAGCUCAGAUCUUACUUCACAUCAAAGAUUGCAUACAGGAGGGAAACCUUAUAAAUGCUUAGAGUGUGGAAAGAGCUUCAGUCAGAGUAGCAGCCUUACUUCGCAUCACAGAACUCACACAGGGGACAAACCUUACAAAUGCUUGGAGUGUGGAAAGAGCUUCAGUCAGAGUAGCAGCCUUACUAAGCAUCAAAGAACUCACACAGGGGACAAACCUUAUAAAUGCUUGGAGUGUGGAAAGAGCUUCAGUGAGAGUAGCAGCCUUGCUAAGCAUCACAGAACACACACAGGGGACAAACCUUAUAAAUGCUUGGAGUGUGGAAAGAGCUUCAGUGAGAGUAGCAGCCUUACUAAGCAUCAAAGAACUCACACAGGGGACAAACCUUAUAAAUGCUUGGAGUGUGGAAAGAGCUUCAGUAGGAGUGGCAUCCUUACUUUGCAUCACAGAACACACACAGGGGACAAACCUUAUAAAUGCUUGGAGUGUGGAAAGAGCUUCAGUGUGAGUAGCAGCCUUACUAAGCAUCAAAGAACUCACACAGGGGACAAACCUUAUAAAUGCUUGGAGUGUGGAAAGAGCUUCAGUGAGAGUAGCAGCCUUACUAAGCAUCAAAGAACUCACACAGGGGACAAACCUUAUAAAUGCUUGGAGUGUGGAAAGAGCUUCAGUAGGAGUGGCCAACUUACUUCGCAUCACAGAACGCACACAGAAGACAAACCUUAUCAAUGCUUGGAGUGUGGAAAGAGCUUCAGUAGGAGUAGCAACCUUACUUCGCAUCAAAUAACUCACACAGGGGACAAACCUUAUAAAUGCUUGGAGUGUGGAAAGAGCUUCAGUCAGAGUAGCAACCUUACUUCGCAUCACAGGACUCACACAGGGGACAAACCUUAUAAAUGCUUGGAGUGUGGAAAGAGCUUCAGUGAGAGUAGCAGCCUUACUAAGCAUCAAAGAACUCACACAGGGGACAAACCUUAUAAAUGCUUGGAGUGUGGAAAGAGCUUCAGUGUGAGUAGCAGCCUUACUAAGCAUCAAAGAACUCACACAGGGGACAAACCUUAUAAAUGCUUGGAGUGUGGAAAGAGCUUCAGUGUGAGUAGCAGCCUUACUAAGCAUCAAAGAACUCACACAGGGGACAAACCUUAUAAAUGCUUGGAGUGUGGAAAGAGCUUCAUGCAGAGAAGCAGCCUUACUUCACAUCACAGAACACACACAGGGGACAAACCUUAUAAAUGCUUGGAGUGUGGAAAGAGCUUCAGUGAGAGUAGCAGCCUUACUAAGCAUCAAAGAACUCACACAGGGGACAAACCUUAUAAAUGCUUGGAGUGUGGAAAGAGCUUCAGUGAGAGUAGCAACCUUACUAAGCAUCAAAGAACUCACACAGGGGACAAACCUUAUAAAUGCUUAGAUUGUGGAAAGAGCUUCAGUCAGUGUGGCCACCUUUCUUCGCAUCAGAGAACACACACAGGGGACAAACCUUAUAAAUGCUUGGAGUGUGGAAAGAGCUUCAGUGAGAGUAGCAACCUUACUUCGCAUCACAGAACACACACAGGGGACAAACCUUAUAAAUGCUUGGAGUGUGGAAAGAGCUUCAGUGAGAGUAGAAACCUUUCUAUACAUCACAGGACUCACACAGGGGACAAACCUUAUAAAUGCUUGGAGUGUGGAAAGAGCUUCAGUAAGAGUGGCAGCCUUACUUCGCAUCACAGAACGCACACAUGUGACAAACCUUAUAAAUGCUUGGAGUGUGGAAAGAGCUUCAGUGAGAGUAGCAGCCUUACUAAGCAUCAAAGAACUCACACAGGGGACAAACCUUAUAAAUGCUUGGAGUGUGGAAAGAGCUUCAGUGAGAGUAGCAACCUUACUAAGCAUCACAGGACUCACACAGGGGACAAACCUUAUAAAUGCUUGGAGUGUGGAAAGAGCUUCAGUAAGAGUGGCAGCCUUACUUCGCAUCACAGAACGCACACAUGUGACAAACCUUAUAAAUGCUUGGAGUGUGGAAAGAGCUUCAGUGAGAGUAGCAGCCUUACUAAGCAUCAAAGAACUCACACAGGGGACAAACCUUAUAAAUGCUUGGAGUGUGGAAAGAGCUUCAGUGAGAGUAGCAGCCUUACUAAGCAUCUGUCUUCACAGUGGAAGAUAUAGGGCAGAUCCCUGAACCUGAACUAACAUUUGCAGGAAGGGAUUCUGAGGAACUGAGACAAAUAGUGGUAACGAGAGAGGAAGUUCUAGGCUUAAUGGACAAUAUAAAAACUGACAAAUCACUGGGCCCGGAUGGCAUCCACCCGAGAGUUCUCAAAGAACUGAAAUGUGAAAUUGGUGAUCUGCUAACUAAAAUAUGUAACUUGUCCCUCGGGUCCUCCUCCGUGCCUGAGGACUGGAA